AUGAGUGCUAUUUACAAGCUCUCGAUUCAAGGGAUCCGCUCCUUCGACUCAAAUGACAGGGAGACAAUCGAAUUUGGUAAACCGCUUACGCUUAUCGUAGGUGCCAACGGUUCAGGCAAAACAACGAUUAUCGAAUGUUUGAAAUACGCUACUUCCGGUGAUUUGCCUCCAAACAGCAAGGGGGGUGCCUUUGUGCACGAUCCCAAGAUUACUGGUGAAAAGGACAUUAGAGCUCAGGUGAAGUUGGCCUUCACGAGUGCCAACAACUUAAACAUGAUAGUUACACGAAAUAUCCAGUUACUCGUGAAAAAGACAACGACUACUUUUAAAACACUCGAAGGCCAAUUAGUUAUAGUAAAUGGUAAUGGCAAUAGAAACACUUUGAGUACCCGUUCUGUUGAGCUCGAUACACAGGUGCCGCUAUAUCUGGGGGUGCCAAAAGCGAUCUUGGACUAUGUGAUCUUCUGCCAUCAGGAGGAUAGUCUAUGGCCAUUGAGUGAGCCCGCUAAUUUGAAGAAGAAAUUUGAUGAGAUUUUUCAGGCCAUGAAGUUCACGAAGGCUCUGGAUAAUUUGAAGGGAAUCAAGAAAGACAUGUCCAUUGACAUAAGAUUGCUGAAGCAAUCGGUUGAACAUCUGCGAGUUGAUCGAGAUAGAUCUAAGAUGACUGAAGUCAAUAUCAACCAACUGGAAGCAAAAGUAGACGCCUAUAAAGCGGAGGUUAAAGAAAUAGAAAACCAAUUAGUUGAUAUCACUGAGCAAUCAGAUCAUCUCUUCAAAUCCAAUCAAGAUUUUCAAAAAAUCCUAUCUAGAGUUGAGAACUUGAAGAACAACCGCGAAUCUCUCAGUCAGCAAAUCAAAAGGCUGUCAAAUGCAGUUGAUAUCAUUGAUUUGCCUAGAAAAGAAGUGGAACAGCUGCUGAAGAGCUUCGCUAGCACUUUGAAGGUGAAAGAGAUGGAAAUGAAACAUCUGGAAGAGGAAACGAAACAAAUGAAGGAACGCGUCUCAAAACUACAGGCAGAGUGCAAUGGACUGAUGAUAAGACAGGGAGAAUUGACAGCAGCGUGCGACCUCAAUGAGAAACGUAAAGAUAGACUAAGGCAAAAGGGACAAGAGGUGAUCGCUUUGUACAAGCUGACUGUGAACGAUCAAUGUUCCAGCGAUGUUAUUUUGUCGAAAUUGAAAUCUGUUAGAGAUAAGCUGAGGUUACAAUCUGAAGAGAUAGAAGAGGUUGCCAAUCGGGAAAUUGAAGCUUUAGAACGGGAAUUAAAUGGCAUAAGGCGGAGUGCGAUUGUAAGGAAUGAGAGGCUGGAGUAUGGUAAGCAGGAUAGAGAUAAGAUAUCCCGUGAAAUAGAUCGCUUACAGAAAGAAUUAGCAGCUCUUGAUAUAUCAGGGGAGGAUUUGGAAACAGAGAGGGCUUCUCUUAAUAGGUUUACGGAAAAACUGAAAGAGUGGGAAAAAGUGGACGUCGUAGGAGCUCUAAAUAAACAGAUAAAGGAGAAAAAUGAUCAAAUGGUUAUUUUGGAAAAUGAGUUGGACACGUUACAGACAAGAAUCUCGAGAACCAAUGAUCAGGCGGACCUGUACGCCAGGUUAUCUAUCGUCAAACAAUCGCUUCAAGACAAAUUCGAGGAAAUGAAUAAGAAAAUACAGACUCUUGAAGAUGAUCCAAUGACCCACAGGUGGCAAUUGAAAUAUGGACCCGAUCUUGAUAUUGAGUUUAAAAGGAAGUACAUUGAUGUUCAGAAGGAAACAAGUGGCAAGAGACAGCUGCUACAAGAUCUGGAUAAAAAAUACACUGAGGCUGCAUUAAACCUAAAUAAUACUGAAUCUGAGCUUGCCAAGAAUAGAAAGUUGAAAGAGAACUUGCUUGCCAAAUUGCAAAAAGCAUUACCCGAGGAUUGUCCUAUUGAAGAUUACGAUGAAGUUGUUGCAGAAAGUGAGUCAUCAUACAGAAUUGCUCUGGAGAAUUUAAAAAUGCAUCAGACGACAAUAGAGUUUAAUAAAAGAGCUUUAGAGGUUGCAGAGAAAGAAAGGUCCUGCUACUUGUGUUCGAGAAAGUUUGAAAAUGAGAAGUUCGCGAGCGGUUUAUUGGAAAAAUUGAGGACUAGAACGGAUAGUAGGUUUGAGGAUACACUUAAAGAAACCGUUUCCAAUGAAAAAGAGUACUUGGAUACAUUGAGGGGUUUGAAGGAAGAUAUUCUUUCUUUGCAGAGUGCUAAAUCUAGGAUAGCAGAUUUGUCUGAAGCCAAAAGCAAUCUUCGGGAAGAGGUGAAGCGACUCAAAAUUGACAGAGACCAAUGUGAAGUCGAAUUAAAAAAAGUGGAAGAAGAUAGAAGUCAUGCCGAGCAAAUUUUGCGCCCUAUAGUUGAUUACAUCAUCAGAAGUGUAAAAGAGGUUAAGCAAUUAGAAGACCAAAACAAAACUAUAACGGAUGAACUUGCAUUAUAUGGGACAUCUGAGGAUGGUGUUCGAACUGUGGAGGAACUUCAAACACUGCAACGAAGCAAAAAUGAUCUUCUACGGUCGUGCAGGAAGGAGAUAAAUUAUUUGCAAGAAGAAAAACAGAACAAAUUAGGAGAAUAUACUAGGCUGUCAUCCGUCAUCAAGGAAAGAGGUUCUAAAGUUACUGAACUUGAAAAACAGUUAAUGUUAAAAGAAAAUAUCACAGCAGACAUAAACAGCAAAAGCGAGCAACUAAAUGACCUUGAAUCAACAAUCGAAUCUCUCGGCAAGGAAGUAGAUGCGCAAAAUGAGAAAAUGAAACAUUCUGAAACGCAAUUGACUAAAAGAAAGAAAACUUUUGCUGAAGAACAUGCUGCUUCGCAAAACUCUUGUAAAGCUAUCGAUGGACAUAUUAAUGAACUAUCGAAAUUGAAAACAGACGUUGAUAGUUUUGCGCUAGAUGGCCCUCAGGAACUUGAGUCCUGUACGAAGCAAUUGGAAGAGCGUCAACGGGAGGUCAGAAGCUUGAGUGAAGCCAUUGAAAGGGAAUCUGAGGGCUUAAUGAAACAAGCACAAAGAGUAAAAGAUUCCAAUAAUGAAAAAAGAAAUCUGGAACAGAACCUUGAGUUAAUUAAUCUCAAGGAGUCAUUAAGUUCAAUCGAAAAAGAGAUCAACGACCUUGAUGUGCAAAACGCUGAGGCUGAGCGCGACAAGUAUCAGCAGGAGUCUCUUCGUCUCAGAAAUCUAUACGAGAAAUUGAGUUCAGAGAAUGCGGGAAAGCUUGGUGAGAUAAAGCAACUUCAAAAUCAAAUUGAGGCUUUCGCUCGACAAUUGCAAACGGAUUAUAAAGAUGUGGAGAAUGAUUACCACAAGAAGUGGGUAGAGCUGCAGACGAGAACUUUUGUUGCUGACGAUAUUGACACAUACUCGAAGGCUCUGGAUAGUGCCAUUAUGAGGUAUCAUGGACUUAAAAUGCAAGAUAUUAACAGAAUUAUAGACGAGCUUUGGAAGCGAACCUACAGUGGUACUGAUGUGGACUCAAUCCGAAUUCGUUCGGACGAGGUCGGCAGUAGCGUGAAAGGUAAGUCAUAUAACUAUCGGGUUGUUAUGUACAAACAAGAUGCGGAAUUGGAUAUGCGCGGCAGAUGCUCAGCUGGCCAAAAAGUUCUUGCUUCCAUCAUCAUUAGACUGGCACUGUCGGAGACCUUUGGGGUCAAUUGCGGCGUCAUAGCGCUGGAUGAACCUACCACAAACCUUGAUGAGGAGAACAUAGAAAGCCUUGCAAAGUCGCUCAGCAAUAUCAUUGAAAUGAGAAGACAUCAGAAAAACUUCCAGCUUAUCGUUAUCACGCAUGAUGAACAGUUUUUAAAUCAUAUGAACGCAUCUGAAUUCACCGACCAUUUCUUUAGGGUAAAGAGGGAUGAUAGGCAGAAAUCGCAAAUUGAGUGGGUUGACAUAAGCAGAGUUAGUGACUAG